CAUGUGCACGACCCACUUUUCCAUCCCUUCCAUCACAUCUCAUUGCCAGUCUUGGUUCGCCCUUGCGCGUGUGCGUCACGGGGUACUUUUUAUCCAAAAAGAACGGCGCUAUUCAACAUCUUCGGUUGUUUUCGCAAGAACAGCGCCGCAGCACACCGACGUGAACAUGUCGAGAUGGAUUUUAUGAGGCUGUUCGGCGCCCUGAUCGCCUUCCUCUUCCACUACGGGUGCGCUUCUAAAAUCAAUGGGCAAAGGAUCUGCCGGCGAGGGACGGAGCGCCCAUGCUAUAAGGUCUCCUACAUCCAAGACAGCAGGCGGAGGCUGACAUUCCAAGAUGCCAGGCAGGCCUGCAGAGUGGAUGGAGGAGAACUCCUCAGCAUCGAAACAGAAAGUGAGCAGCGACUGAUCGAAAGAUUCAUACAGCAGCUCCACGCCGCCGAUGGAGAUUUCUGGAUUGGCCUUCGCCGCAGCCCACAGCGUUUUAGGACUGGCAACGCAAACCCGGGAUGCCCCUCGCAGUACUACUGGCUGGACGGGAGCAAAGCAAAGUUCAGGAACUGGCACUGGGACGAGCCUUCCUGUGGUGGGGAAAUGUGUGUGGUUCUCUACUACCAGCCCUCUGCACCACCUGAUGAGGAAGGCCAUUUCCUGUUCCAGUGGAAUGAUGACAACUGCAACACCAAGAACAACUAUGUUUGCAAAUAUCCCAAAGUGAAGACGGCGGUAUUUACCGAGGCAGGGAGACAGAACUCGGCACAUGCAGUUCCAACUGUGAUGCCAAAUAUAUUCUUCACAACAUCAAGUGGCAAGACGAUUAAAGUCGGAAUGCCUGAGUCAUCAGUGUCUUUCUCCGACAACCCCCUGUUUCUUCCCUACAUCCUGUACGCAACCAUUCCGGCUCUACUGCUGCUGUUGCUUGCAGUUUCUGGCUUCUUCUGUUACAAACAAGCUAAGCGGAGAAAGUCAGAGAGCAAAAGCUCCACUGGCCAACCAAAUCCGUGGAUGCCCACCGAAGCGUCAUCUUGCCCUAUUCAAGGACCCUAUGCCUUUAGUGACAUCACCAAACUUUCUCACCUCGUUCCGGACAACACCCUGCCAGCAGACUUCAAAACGAAAUACCCCUGCGCUCCUACAAAGGAACCCCAGUGGAAUGAUUACGAGAAUGUAUUAUUAGCGGACAGGGAGAGUGGCUUUGUGACUAAUGACAUCUACGAGACCAGCGGACCUCAGAGUCGACACUGUCGCCCUCAGCCUGGUUGGGUUGAAAAUGAGAUCUAUGGGUAGGAUGCUCCAGUCUUAGGCCGCCUGCCUGGUUCCAGCUAAGGAAUAUUACCCGGCCACGCUAAGGGACGCGGUGUUCUUUUUCCUCCUUUUGUCUUUUAUGUCACAUGACUGGUGCAGGUUACCUGAACAUGUGGCUGUGACUGGAAAGUAUAUCCACUUUGUGCAUCUGCAUCCAAGGUCCUACAGUGGAACUAAUAGGACUUGGAACUCUAUUCAUGUCAUACUUUAUAAUAUCGUAUAUGAUGGACAGAAUGUUGGAAUACACCUAUGGAUCAAUUAAUCUAUUUGUCCUCUUACCAAGACAGUCAAGACAAAUAUGUGCUUCCAAAUUUGUGGAACUAUAUUGAGGAGGCUUAUUUUUUCCCAUACCACCAUAACUGUAAUGCAAAAAGCAAGGUCCAAAAACAAAUUCCAUUCCAGCAGAACUUGAGGUGAUAUCAACCACCUCUUGGGUGAAACGGAUUGUGAACCAGGCCAACCAUCAUCAGUGACCUCACAAACCAAUUUUUCUGGAUAAAUGGACACACUCCUAUUUCACACAGCCUGUAAAUGCCAGCACCUUUCCGAAUUGGAGGCAGCAUCAGAGACAGAACUGAGGCAAGACACUGUCACACUGCGAAACAUACGAUCCCGCCAGUGUAAAAUGUUUGCUUCACGGAAUCCAUGACAGGUACCAUACUUUCUUCAGCUGACAAUUCCUGUUGUUCUAACAGCCAAUACUUCUGUUCCUAUAAUGUAUUAAUUCAAAUGUAUUAUGACUAAUGAGGAAACAAUUGUUAAACAUGUAAUUUUUUUGUAUAAUUGCGUCCAUACUUGUGAUGCUACCAAGCUAGCUAUGCCCAUUGAAAUGGUAUUAUAUCUGCUAAGGUCCACAAAAGCAGGUUUAAGGUCUCCUUGGCAGUGUUUUGUCUAAGGACAGUUUGAUAGAAUUAGAAUCAGGUGAUAGGAAAAGCCUCAGUCUUCUGUGACCCUCAACUCUGUGGCUGCCAUACAGUUGAUUAAAAUACUGUGGUGCAUUACAAGUUUAAUUCACUCCAUGGCACCGCUUGUAACUCAAAUCACUCAUAUCUCAAAUCAACGUUGCCUUUCGAAAUGAAUGGAAAUGCCAUAAAACUGUUUCAGUCCCUCCCCCAAAAAACAUCUUCGUAAUGUUUUUAACAGAGAAACUAGUACUGUAUUGUACAAUAUGAAAACAAAUACAGAAAAAAAAAAGAUUUUAAAAAAUAAACUCGUUUUAUGAAGUAUAAUUAAGCUGAAAGUCACACAGCCACAGGACCAUUAAUAUGUUAUGUCUUGAAAUGCGAUCGCCUUGAGAUAGCCUUGUAACUCUCCUCUAGCUCACUCUCUCUUCCCUGCGCGUGAGCUCCUGCAUUGAGGACUGAGGAGGGUCCCCUAACCACCGAGAUAUCAGCGGAUGCUGCGCACACUUUCCAGAGUUUCUUCAUAGCACAAUCACUUGCACGGUUCACUUUCCUGGGAGCCAUAAUGGGGGCUAAUAUACAGCGCACAGAUGUUUGCACUGUGUGACAGAAAGCACAGUAUUCCGUGUGGAUGUCAGGAAGUAUAGUUCGCAACCCGAGCAAAAAUGAUCCCCCC